CGACAAGGCACACGGUUUAUUCCGGUUAACUAAGGAUGGGAGGACUUUGGAGCGCCAAAUGCCAAAUCAAUUAAGUGCUCAUCCCCUCAAGCUUUUCCGCCUCAGUGUCAUAUGAGCUCUCGCGGAAAAAUAACAAAACUGAAACGCGACAUGGUGAUUGGUGGAAAGCCACUGCUGAUUGGCAUAAAAUUGCUUCUGCUGUCAAUCACGAGAGGAGGGACCAAUCCGAACGCGCGGUAAUCUUAUCCGGCAUACGACAAGUUCACAUGGAGGAGUCAAGUUCGUGAACGAUAAAAACUCGAUGAUAUCUGCGUAGCGAAACCCUGCAGUUCAGAUGAACGGCACUACGAGCAUCGUGCGUAAGACUAUCGCGGGGAUGUUUGACUGCUUCACGCAACCUCACAACACGGCGGCCUUCCCGCAGUUCAUGCUAACGCGUCCACAGCUUAUUCCCGCCGCCGAGACCACCGACUGGCCCCAGGAAAACAUCUACUCCACUAUCCAGUACCAAGAAGCACCUCUACCACCGGCGCAUAUUCCAGGUUUUCCAGGCCAGGCUGGAUUAGAGCAAUAUGCAAGCUACGGGGCCCAAGGGGUGUUUAAUAUGCAGUCUAGUUAUCCUGGUAGUUCAGCCGGGAAUGCCUUAUUCGCAGCUCGAGACUUCCUGCUUCUUCGAGAACAACGUGGUUUCACCAGCUACCCGCCGCCUCCUACGGACUCGAGCGCUCAGGUGGGUUACCCGUCGAGCGAAAGCUUCCAACCAACUACUCACUCACUGCACCACGGGUCGUUAUCUCCGAUCGUUACGCGCGCGCCGGGAGCCCACGAAAAUAACCCCGAAAAUGCCGGCUUGUUUUCCAACGGCGCCGAGUCAAGCGGCCGUACAUCAGCGCCUUCGAUCGUCAGUAAUUCCAGCCCGGAGUCACAGGGAAGUGUGGCGAGUACGCCUCACACAGUGCAUUCAGCCCUACAGGGACACAGAGAGAUACAAAAGAGGCAGUCACUCAGCCCGAGCUCACACGAGGGGAUUUCUAUAGAGCCUAAGACACUGGUCGUCAACUCUACCGCACCACAACACCCACCACAACACGCGCUUAAGCUGACUCCCAAUGGAGCAUUCUUCCGGUUUAUGCGUUCACCAGCGAAAGAUAAUUUCUCUUGUAAAUGGAUAGAUUGUACCGAGAAAGUGAGUUUGUUGUGCGAUAAGGUCUUUUCUUGUAUGGAUGAGCUGGUCAAGCACAUUACCAUCGAGCACGUGAAUGGACGUGACAGUACGCAGCACGUCUGCUGUUGGGAGAGUUGCGAUCGAGCGGGGAAGCCCUUCAAAGCGAAAUACAAGCUAGUAAAUCACAUCCGGGUACACACGGGAGAAAAGCCCUUCGUCUGCCCAUUCAGUAGCUGCAACAAGCUUUUCGCGCGCUCGGAAAAUUUGAAAAUUCACAAGCGCACACAUACAGGAGAGAAGCCUUUUGAGUGCGAGUUCAAAGGCUGCAACCGGCGCUUUGCUAACUCAAGCGAUCGCAAGAAACACUCGCACGUUCACACGUCAGAUAAGCCGUACAAUUGCCGCUAUAGUGGUUGCGAGAAAAGCUACACUCAUCCCAGUUCACUCCGAAAACACCUGAAGGCUCACUUUAAAUGUGGGGAUAACCCUGCGGGAAUUUAUGACAAUAACAACGAUUUAGAAACUCCAGUUCCGCCUCACCGCGAAUCCAAAACAGCAAGAAUCAAUGGUUGGCUCCCAAGUUCAGAACACACGGCAGAGCUGGGGCCUCUCUUGAAACAGGAACCGGUUUCGUAGAUAUUCAACAGAUAGUUAGGCACUUUCUUAAACUUUAUUGGAUUUGAGUGCUCAUAUUACGCGCAAUUUGUUUGGGACGUAAGUUGUUAUUCUUAGAUUAGAUAAGUAUUUUAAUGCGGUUUCAGGUUUUUGUGGGGAAUUUUUCUCCAUUGCUUCGUACGUGUUUUACAUUAAAGGCUCUUUGUGCCGACUCAAAUUCCAUUCCUUCACCAGCAGAUUUUUAGCACCGCUAUUUAAAUUGAAGAUUCGUGUGUGUUAUUUUAUCAAUUAACUAAUUAUCUUCAUGCAGUUUAUAGAAGUACUCGUUCAUAGGCGGUAUAACCGGUAUAACCGAAAUGGGGGGAAUUUUAGCAAGUUUUUGUACUGAGUUAAUAAGCGGGUUUUUACAAUAGGUUGCGGACAGUGUUCGGUUGCGAACAGUAUUUCCUUAUUUUGUGGUGUUUUAUAUUUGACAUAGUUUUCUAACACUUCUAUGAAAUAUUUACUUUAGAAAAAAAAACUUUUUAAUCUUAAAACAAUCUAAAACUCGUGAUUUUUGUAAGUAAACGCAUUCGCAUAAAAUGACAUUACAACAACUGCGUUCAUCCUUAAAGUUUUUUGUAUAGAUAAAUUAGAAUAAAAAUUAGACUGUUUGUAUACUAGUUUAUUAUAUAUAAAUUAGAAAAAAAUCACACUAUUUGUGAGUCUAGAGCUCUCAUUCCCCUUCUAUGAAGGUCAAUUAUAUCUAGCAGAUAUGAGCGAUUAUCGUCUUCGCACAUUGAUAAGAUUGUUACUUUAGAAAAAUAUUGAAAACCGAUGAGCUAGGCUUAAACUCAAAUAGCAGAUACAAUUUGAUUAAUCUAUUUAACAAAUGUCAUUUAUAUAGGGAAAUAUUAUUUGAAUAAACAUUUUUCACGGUAAAAA